AUGGCAGCUCCAACCGACUUGGAUUUUCUUGAAACCCAGUUGCAAAACGACCCGAAAAAUCUGCAGAAUUACCCAGUGCCACUGUCCCCACCAUUGCCAUCCAUAUCCAAGAAUAUAGAGUUGAACAGGGCCUUGACAGCUUCUUCAAAAUCAUCAGUUUUUUCUCUUAACGGAAAUGAUGUUCUUUUUGAAGAUGAGUGGCUUAUUGCCAUCAAUAAGCCUCGGGGAAUUUACUGUGAGAGUGUCCUAUCUGCUGUUCCUACUCUACUUGAGAAUGAUUCUGUUGACUCAGGAGAUCGAGUAAACUUGCCAGAACUCCAUUUAGCUAACAGGCUUGAUCGCGAUACAAGUGGUGUUACAAUUGUCACCAAGUCACACAAAGUGGCUGCCAAGCUAGUGAAAGCUUUUACCAAACACGAGGUUAGGAAAACCUACCUUGCAUACUGCAUUGGUCCAGCUCCAGAAUGGGAAAAUAUCACUGUUAGAUCUGGUCAUGGUCGGUCAAAGUACGGAGCUUGGCGUGUUUAUGCUGCAUCCGAUGUUGGCCGGAAACUACCUGGUGGAUCAAUGGUCAGAGAUAUGGAAACUUUGUUUGAAGUUAUCUCUAUAAAUGGGCAAGGUCGGUUGAAAGAAUUUUCUAGACCAAAAGAACAUGAGAAAAGAGUUACUGUUGUUGAAGAGAAAUCUUUAGUUGAUUGUGAUGUGAAGAAAGACGAGAUUCUGUUAAGAGCGUAUCCUAGGAGUGGAAGAACACAUCAAAUUCGUUUGCAUUGCCAGUAUCUUGGAAUUCCCAUAAGAGGCGACGUGAAGUAUGAGGGUGUCUAUGAAUGGAAGGGCACAACAUAUGACGGCCAUGAACUUCAUGCAGAAAGCUUGUCUUUCGAUCAUCCUGUUACAGCUCAGCCAGUUUUGAUUCAGGCACCUCUGCCUUUGUGGGCAGCCCAAGAACUGGGUCCAGGAUUGUUAUGA